GAGAGAAGAGAGGUAAAGAAGAGAGGAAAAGAGAAGUGAACUAUGGAGACGUUUGUUGAAGACUCCAGCCUGGAGCGCUGGGAGGUGAUUGGCUCGGGGGGGUUCGGACAAAUCUACAAAGCCAGGCACUGUCGGUGGGCCUGUGAUGUGGCCAUCAAACUGCUUCAUCAUGACGACGGGACCGGAGCGUCUUUGCUGCGUGAGAUCGUCAAGAUGCGUCAGGCGAGCAGCCCGCAUGUUGUCCGCAUCCGAGGGGUCUUCAGGGGUCGACCGCCCCACUCUGGCCCAUCAACACAGCUUGGCGUGGUCAUGGAGCUCAUGGAGAGGGGGUCACUGGCCAACCUGCAGGAUGCCUUGAGUGAAACUCCACCACCCUGGCCGCUGGUCUUCAGACUGACUCACCAAGUGGCUCUGGGUGUAAACUUCCUCCACAGUCUGCCCCAUCCCUUGCUCCACCAGGACCUGAAGCCCCCCAACGUGCUGCUGGACGACGCUCUCAAUGCCAAGCUUACAGAUUUCGGUCUUGCCCGGAUAUCCUGCAGCGUCUCCCAGGUUUCCAAGACGGAUGAUGAGGAAGUAGGGGGAACGGUCAACUACACGCCACCGGAGGCGUUUCAGUUAUCGUACAUACCCAACAGAGCCUAUGAUAUCUACAGUUAUGGCAUACUGCUAUGGUCCAUCGUCACAGGGAAACAACCAUAUGGAAAUGCGAAGCCCACCAGAGUGAAACUUCUCAUCCCGGAGGGACAGCGUCCACUGCUGGACGACAUCAGGGGCCAGGCUGCGGGGUUGGCUGAGUUGACAGAACUGAUGAAGAGAUGCUGGGACAACGUACCCGAACAAAGGCCCUCUGCCCUUGAGUGUACAACUGAGACAGAAGAACUAUAUAAGAUGUACAAACAUGCAAUUAACGACGCUGUCCAUGAAGUGCUGAAGAAACUGGACCAAAAUGAAGAAGCAGGAAUAACAGAGUAUGAAGCAAUUGAGCCAAUGUGUGCCGCCAGGGGACUAACACAGUUGUCUAGACGUUGUCCAACAUUUGUUUACAUAGGUGAGACUCUUGACUCUUCUUCAAAGUGCCAGCAAAUACUCAAAUCCGAACUGAAAAAAAGGUUCUACUAUGUGAUUGAGGGGAUUGCUAAAGCAGAAAAACAGAAAACAGUUCUGAAUCAGAUGUUCACACAGCUCUACCUAAAAAAAGGAGGGACUACAGAGAUCAAUGUUGAACAUGAGGUCAGACAAAUUGAAACAGCAUCUUGGAAACCAGACAGACUAGAAACAACAAUCAGACAAGAAGACAUCUUUAAAGUCUCAACUGGAAGGGAUGAACCGAUCAGGACAGUGAUGACAAAGGGAGUGGCUGGCAUCGGGAAAACAGUCUUAACACAGAAGUUCACUCUGGACUGGGCUGAAGGCAAAGCCAACCAGGACAUCCAGUUCACAUUCCCAUUCACCUUCAGAGAGCUGAAUGUGCUGAAAGAGAGAAGGUACAGCUUGGUGGAACUUGUUCAUUACUUCUUUCAUAUUACAAAAGAAGAAGGAAUCUUCAGUUUUGAAGAGUUCCAGGUUUUGUUCAUCUUUGACGGUCUGGAUGAGUGUCGACUUCCUCUGGACUUCCACAACACUGAGAUCCUGACUGAUGUUACAGAGUCCACCUCAGUGGGUGUGCUGCUGACAAACCUCAUCAGGGGGAAUCUGCUUCCCUCUGCUCACCUCUGGAUAACCACACGACCUGCAGCAGCCAAUCAGAUCCCUCCUGAGUGUGUUGACAUUGUGACUGAGAUCAGAGGUUUCAAUGACGCCCAGAAGGAGGAGUACUUCAGGAAGAGAUUCAGAGAUGAGGAGCCGGCCGACAGAAUCAUCUCCCACAUCAAGACAUCACGAAGCCUCCACAUCAUGUGCCACAUCCCAAUCUUCUGCUGGAUCACUGCUACAGUUCUGGAGGAUGAGUUGAAGACCAGAGACCGAGGAGAGCUGCCCAAGACCCUGACUGAGAUGUACAUCCACUUCCUGGUGGUUCAGGCCAAACUGAAGAACGUCAAGUACGACAAAGGAGCUCAAACAGAUCCACACUGGAUUCCAGAGAGCAGGAAGAUGAUCGAGUCUCUGGGAAAACUGGCUUUUGAGCAGCUGCAGAAAGGCAACCUGAUCUUCUAUGAAUCAGACCUGACAGAGUGUGGCAUCGAUAUCAGAGCAGCCUCUGUGGUCUCAGGAGUGUUCACACAGAUCUUUAAAGAGGAGAGAGGACUGUACCAAGACAAUGUGUUCUGCUUUGUCCAUCUGAGUGUUCAGGAGUUUCUGGGUGCUCUUCAUGUCCAUCUGACCUUCACCAACUCUGGAGUCAAUCUCCUCCCAAAAGCAAAAUGGUGGUCUAAUCCAUUUAAAGACAGAUCUACACCAACAUAUCUCUACCAGACUGCUGUGGACGAGGCCUUACAGAGUCCAAAUGGACACCUGGACUUGUUCCUCCGCUUCCUCCUGGGUCUUUCACUUGAGACCAAUCAGACUCUCCUACGAGGUCUGAUGACACAAAGAGGAAGUACCUCACAGACAAAUCAGGAAACAGUCCAAUACAUCAAAAAGAAGAUCAAUGAGAAACUAUCUCCAGAGAGAAGCAUUAAUCUGUUCCACUGUCUGAAUGAACUGAAUGAUCAUUCUCUGGUGGAGGAGAUCCAACAGUACCUCAGAUCAGGACGUCUCUCCACAGAUAAUCUGUCUCCUGCUCAGUGGUCAGCUCUGGUCUUCAUCGUACUGUCAUCAGGAAAAGAUUUGGAUGUGUUUGACCUGAAUCAAUACUCUGCUUCAGAGGAGGCUGUUCUGAGGCUGCUACCCGUGGUCAAAGCCUCCAACAAGGCUCUGUUAACUAGCUGUAACAUCUCAGAGAGAAGUUGUGAAGCUCUGUCCUCAGUUCUCAGCUCCCAGUCCUCUAGUCUGAGAGAGUUGGAUCUGAGUAACAACCACCUGCAGGAUUCAGGAGUAAAGCUACUGUCUGCUGGACUGGAGAAUAAAUUCUGUACACUUCAAACUCUCAGGCUGACUGGCUGUAACCUGUCAGAGAGGAGCUUCGAAGCUCUGUCUUCAGUUCUCAGCUCCAAGUCCUCUAGUCUGAAAGAGCUGGACCUGAGUAACAACGACCUGCAGGAUUCGAAGCUGAUGUCUGCUGGACUUCAGAGUCCAUUCUGCACACUAGAAACUCUCAGGUUAACUGGCUGUAACCUCUCAGAGGUCAGCUGUGCAGCUUUGUCCUCAGUUCUCGGCUCCCAGUCCUCUAGUCUGAGAGAGUUAGACCUGAGUAACAACAACCUGCAGGAUUCAGGAGUGACGAUUCUGUCUGCUGGACUUCAAAGUCCAAACUGUACAUUGGAAAAUCUCAGGUUGAGUGGCUGUAACCUGUCAGAGAGAAGCUGUGAAGAUCUAUCCUCAGUUCUCAGCUCCCAGUCCUCUGGUCUGAGAGAGCUGGACCUGAGUAACAAUGACCUGCAGGAUUUAGGAGGGAAGCUGAUAUCUGCUGGACUGGAGAGUGCACACUGCACACUGGAAUCUCUCAGUCUGUCAGGCUGUCUGAUCACAGGAGAAUGCUGUGCUUCUCUGGCACUAGCUCUGAGCUCCAACCCUUCCCAUCUGAGAGUGCUGGACCUGAGCUACAAUCAUCCAGGAGAGUCAGCCAUGAAGCUGCUUUCUGCUGGACUGGAGGAUCCACACUGGAAACUGGACACUCUCAGGUUGGACCAUGGUGGAGAGCAAAGGUUAAAACCUGGCCUGAAGAAGUAUUUCUGUGAACUCACAGUGGACACAAACACAGUGAACAGAAAUCUGUCUGAAUAUAACAGGAAGGUGACAUAUGUGGAGGAGGAGCAGCCAUAUCCCGUUCAUCCAGAGAGGUUUGACUUCUGGAAACAGCUGCUGUGUAGAGACAGUCUGAAUGGUUGCUGUUACUGGGAGGUCGAGUGGAGAGGAAGAGUUCGCAUAGCAGUGAGUUACAGAGGAGUCCCCAAGAGAGGACCCAGUGUUGACUGUAUGUUUGGAGUGAAUUACCGGUCCUGGAGUCUGAAUUGCUCUGAUGAUGGUUACUCUGUCUGUCACAAGAACAGAGAAAAAGUCCUUCCUUCCUCCUCCUCUGUCUCUAUUUCUCACAGAGUAGCAGUGUAUGUGGACUGUCCCGCUGGCAUUCUGUCCUUCUACACAGUCUCCUCUGACCAACUGAUCCACCUCCACACCUUCUACACCACAUUCACUGAACCUCUUUAUCCAGGGUUUGGGUUCAGGUUGAAGUCAUAUGGUUCCUCAGUGUCUUUUUGUCCGAAGGGAGGCAACUACCAGUCCUGAGGUUUAGAAGUUGGUAGUGGACACAGAAAAAGAUGUUCUCAAACUCGAAAACUUGUAAAAAUCUUUUAAACUGACCGUUUCACAUGGGUGAAAGAAGUAUUUGGAUCCUUUACGUAAGUAAAACUACUAAUACCACACUGU